GUGAGCAAGAUCUAAAUGAAGCAUUCUUUGCCUGAAAGAUUAUAAAGAAGCAACUUAUAUUAACUAAAAACACUUAUCUGCAUUCCUACCGUUAUUAAUUGAGACUAUUAAAGAACGGUGGAAUAAUAUGCUGUGCUCAGAGUUUAGCUUCUAUCUUCUUUGAACAUCCUUGAAAUUCAGGUUACUGGGAAAUGGAGAAUAUAUCAGAGCCAAAAGUGUCCCCGAAUACAGUGAUAUUGCAGAGUGAGGGAUUACUAAAGUAUAUAUUGGAGACCGGCGUUUAUCCACGAGAAGCAGAAACCCUCAAAGAGCUAAGAAAUGCAACUGCAAAGCACCCCAUGGGUUUCAUGGGUGCUGCACCUGAUGCGGGUCAGCUAAUGGCCAUGCUCUUGAAGGUUUCGAAUGCUAAAAACACAAUUGAAGUUGGAGUUUUUACUGGAUACUCUCUUCUCCUCACUGCACUCACCAUUCCAGAUGAUGGAAAAAUUAUAGCGAUGGAUCGAGAUAGAAAAGCUUAUGAGAUAGGACUACCAUUCAUUAAAAAGGCUGGUGUUGAACACAAGAUUGACUUCAUUGAGUCUCCAGCUUUACCAGUUCUUGAUAAGCUCUUAGAAGAUGCGGCAAAGGAGGGGAGUUUUGACUUUGCUUUCAUUGAUGCUGAUAAAAAGAAUUACUGGAAUUACCACGAGAGACUUAUGAGAUUGGUGAAGAUCGGUGGAAUAGUUGCAUAUGAUAAUGCACUGUGGGGAGGAACUGUUGCCUUGCCUGAAAAGGCAGUUUCGGAGGAUAAACAAGAGUGGAGACUCUUAUCGCUUGCUUUCAACCAAGCAAUUUCAAAGGAUUCUCGUGUUGAAAUUGCUUUUGUUUCAAUUGGUGAUGGAAUCAUUUUCUGCAGGCGCAUAACUUGAUUCUCAAUGCACUUUCACUCACAAUUUGUAACCACAUUAAUCGCAUAAACUUUAAUUAUUCCACCUUUGGCUGGAUUCACC